CACGUGUCUCCGCCGGACACCUGCACACACCACACCUGUUUUGUUCGGUGCUGUGUGUGGCGAGAUUCUUCACUCGUGCUUUCAAAUCCUCGUGUGACAGUACAGCCUCUGCUUCUCUCUCCCUUCGGCUUCGUCCCAGCAAACCCCUUGAACCAUGAGCGGCGAGCAGAAGGUAGUGAUAGUGACCGGGUCCACGGGUCUGGUGGGCAGCGCCGUGCAGAUCGUGGCCAAGAAGGAACAGCGCCCCGAUGAGAAAUGGGUGUUCCUCAGCUCCAAGGAUGGCAACCUCAGGAACAUCGAGGAGGCGCGGGCGAUCUUCAAGAAGCACAGCCCCACGCACGUCAUCAAUCUGGCGGCGAAAGUCGGGGGUCUGUUCAGCAACAUGAAGUACGGGUGUGAUUUUCUGCGCACCAACAUGGAGAUCAACCAGAACGUGCUGCAAGUGAGCCACGAGACAGGCGUGAAGAAGGUCAUCUCCUGCAUGUCCACUUGCAUCUUCCCGGACAAGACCACCUAUCCCAUUGACGAGACCAUGGUCCACAACGGGCCGCCACACCCGUCCAACUAUGGCUACAGCAUGGCCAAGAGAAUGAUUGACGUGAUGAACCGCACCUACCACGACCAGUACGGCUGCAUGUUCACCUCCGCCAUCCCCACCAACGUGUACGGCCCCUACGACAACUACAACCUGGAGGACGGGCACGUGCUGACUGGCCUGAUCCACAAGAUCUACCUGGCCAAGAAGAACAACACCCCCUUCACAAUCUGGGGCAGUGGGAAACCUCGUCGCCAGUUCAUUUAUUCCCUUGACUUGGCCCGCCUCCUCAUCUGGGCCAUCAGAGAAUACAAUGACGUGAACCCCAUCCUGCUGUGUGUUGACGAGGAAGACGAGGUGUCCAUCAAGGAGCUGGCGGAGAUGGUGGUGGAGGAGACGGGCUUCAAGGGCUCAGUGACGCACGACCUCACCAAGGCUGACGGUCAGUUCAAAAAGACCGCCAGUAACGCCAAGCUGCGCUCCUACCUGCCUGACUUCAAGUUCACCCCCAUCAGGCAGGGCAUCCGCGAGACUGUAGAGUGGUUUGCUGCCAACUACGAGACCGCAAGGAAGUAAUGGUGGGUUCAUUUGCUAGUUUGGGUGGUUAUAGUGAUCAGGAAUGUUGUUAAGUACUUGUUGUGUAUUUAUAUUUAGUGGUUGUAGUGGUUGUAGUGGUUGUAGUGGUUCGCCGCCUGUACGGAGGUAAUGGUGGUUAAAUUGAUUGUUUGGGUGGUUGCAAUGAUCAGGAGUGUUGUUAAGAGUGAUUUUUUGUGUUAUUUU